GACGAGGAGGAGGAGGAGGAGAGGGAGGAGGCGGGGGCUGCCGGGCGGUGGAUGGCGGCGAGCGGCGGGGCCGGGCUCCUGCCCUUCCUGCGCCUGCUGGGGCAGCUCAAGAGAGUACCACGGACGGGAUGGGUGUACAGGAACGUGGCGAAGCCGGAGAGCGUAUCCGAUCACAUGUACAGGAUGGCGAUGAUGGCUUUGGUGACUGAAGACAAAAGCCUUAACAAGGACAGAUGCAUACGAUUAGCUUUGGUUCAUGAUAUGGCUGAGUGCAUUGUUGGAGAUAUUGCUCCUGCAGAUAAUAUUUCAAAAGAAGAGAAACACAGGAGAGAAGAGGCAGCUAUGCAACAACUGACCCAGCUUCUAUCAGAGGACCUCAGAAAAGAAAUCUAUGAACUCUGGGAAGAAUAUGAAAACCAGUGUACUGCAGAAGCCAAGUUUGUAAAACAGUUGGAUCAGUGUGAGAUGAUACUGCAAGCAUUUGAGUAUGAAGAGUUGGAAAACACACCUGGCAGAUUGCAAGAUUUUUAUGAUUCAACAGCUGGGAAGUUUUUUCACCCAGAAAUACUUCAGCUUGUAUCUCUGAUUAACACAGAAAGGAAUAAAAAAAUAGCUGUUACAUCUCAUCCACAUUCCUGAGGUGUGCCUAAAUGCUGUAGCUAUAAUAAAUAUUUUGUUUUAUA